AUGGCGGUCACGUCCUAUUUAUCUGCUCCCGGCUUCGCGUACUCUAUGAGACGAUAUUUCCCCUAUCUCGAGAGCACUGCUGCGUGGUUUGGGCUUGAUAUUACCCACAAGUACUAUUAUAUUGUUGCCCGCGCCGCCUCUCCCGUUUGUAUCGGGUUGGGAGCUUGGGCGGCCUGGUGGUUGACGCCUCAUAUGGCAAAGAGGGGAGAAGAACGGCUGGAUCCGGAGGACGAGGCGUUAAAGAAGGGUGUUUCUGAUGUGUGA